GUGCUGCGUGGUGAGCUGGAUGUUGGUUCAAGGCAUGUCGUGCUGCGUGGUGAGCUGGAUGUUGGUUCAAGGCAUGUCGUGCUGCGUGGUGAGCUGGAUGUGGGAUCAAGGCGUCUCGUGCUGCGUGGCGAGCUGGAUGUGGGUUCAAGGCAUGUCGUGCUGCGUGGCGAGCUGGAUGUGGGUUCAAGGCAUGUCGUGCUGCGUGGUGAGCUGGAUGUGGGAUCAAGGCGUCUCGUGCUGCGUGGCGAGCUGGAUGUGGGAUCAAGGCGUCUCGUGCUGCGUGGCGAGCUGGAUGUGGGUUCAAGGCAUGUCGUGCUGCGUGGCGAGCUGGAUGUGGGUUCAAGGCAUGUCGUGCUGCCUGGUGAGCUGGAUGUGGGUUCCAGGGAUCUGGGCGUGUCUCGAGAGCAUUUUCUACACCUGUCUUUUGAUAAUAUGGGCGUGUCUUGAGAACAACUGGGCGUGUCUCGUCGGAAAAUAGGAGUGUCUUUUAAGAGAUUGGAUGAGUCUUGUGGACCACUGUAUAAGGGAUGCCAACUUUCUAAUAGCUCUCGAGUUCUGCUAAUGAAACCAACCGGUUCCGUUAUUUUAAUUUCUUGGUCGUACUGAUCAAGAUCAUUAUUAACAUGCUCAGAUGAAGCUAAAUUGCCACAUGAAUAAUAACAAUAGUUAUCACUUUGUUCUUGCGUUCCACUCUCUUGGCGACCCGAGUCUCUCGCGUCCCCAGACGUCUUCUGGGUUUCGUUGAUCUCUAUUGAACUCGCGUUGUUUGACCUGUCCUGGAACGCCUCGGACCACAUGGAGCUGACGGGUUGCUCCAAAUCCAAAAGAUCAAAAGAACCCAUAGUGGGGCGGUCAGGUUGAAUGGACAUGCGUCUCUCGUGGGCGAUGGUUA